CGCGGGGCCCGCCGGCCAGUCGGUGCGAGGCGAGCGCGCGGGCAUGACGUGUGUCCGCUGGAGCGCCGCGGCGCUGAUGGCGCUGCUGGCCGCGUGGGGCGGCGGCUCAGCCACGCCGUCGGGCUUCUACGCGGACAACGGCGACCAGACGGUGAUGGAGCACGUGCUGAGCGCGCGCGAGAAGGAGGAGGUGGAGCACGAGAUCCUGCACCUGCUGGGUCUGCAGGCGCGGCCGCGAGGCGUGUCCAACCUCACCAGCUCGGCGCCCAAGUUCCUGCUGGACGUGUACCAGUCGCUGGUGGAGCCGACCGCCGCGCGCACGGAGUUCAACCUCAGCAGCCAGGACCUGCACGCCAUCGACGAGAGCGACGUCAUCAUGAGCUUCGCCAGCCACAGCCACCACGCCGGCGCGGCCCGCCACGAGCGAGGCAAGAGGCUGUGGUUCGACGUGUCGGAGGUGCCCGCGGGAGAGACCAUCGUGGGCUCCGAGCUGCGACUCUACCAGACGGCCAGCGAGCUGGGUGCUGACGUCAGCUUCACGCUGUCCCUCUACCAGCUCACCUCCGUCAGCAAAGGCCAGAAGGAGCUGCAGUUCGUGGACGCGGUGAACUCGAGCUGCGACCACGAGGGCUGGCUGCAGCUGAACGUGACGGGGCCGUUCACCGCCUGGGUCGCCUUCCCGGAGACCAACCUGGGGCUCUACCUGUCCGCGCACCUCGCCAGCCGCCCAGGCCACGAGCUGCGGCCCGAGGAGCUGGGGAUCGCCGGGGACGCGCGCGAGGAGCAGCGCCAGCCCUUCGUGGUGGCCUUCCUCAAGGCCGCGGCGCAGCGCGAGCUGCACGCCCGCGCAGUGCGGGACGUGGGCAAGCGGCGGCGCAAGGCCGACGACUCCAGCCUGGCGCGCAACCCGCUCUACGAGCCUAACACUCACUGGUCGAGCCGAAGUUGUCAACUUCAAAAUCUCUACGUGAACUUCAGAGACUUAGAGUGGCAGGACUGGAUCAUCGCGCCCGAGGGCUUCCACGCCUUCUUCUGCAGCGGCGAGUGCAACUUCCCGCUCAACAGCCACAUGAACGCCACGAACCACGCCAUCGUGCAGACGCUGGUGCACCUCAUGUACCCGCAGCAGGUGCCCAAGCCGUGCUGCGCGCCCACGCGGCUGUCCUCCAUCUCGGUGCUGUACUUCCUGGACGAGAUCAACGUGGUGCUCCAGAAGUACAAGAACAUGGUGGUCAAGAGCUGCGGCUGCCACUGAACUCCUCCACGCUCCACGCUCCACGCAUUCCGCGCAUUCCACGCUUCGUUACCGUGGACGUAGCCGGCAUUUUUGCCGAACCCAAGCUAUGAGAAUAUAUAUUUUUGUACAGGUCUGUUUUUAGAGACGUAAAAGAGGGGGGGAGGAAUUUAUAAAAAAAAAUAUUCUUAAUAAAAAAAGGAAUUUUUUUUGGGGCUACCUGAGGAACCCUGAGCAAAUAUUGUAAUAGGGACGAUUGUGGGAUAACUGGUAGGAAAUACGCGCGAGACAAGUGAUGCCAGCGAACCUGUCAGGUGUGGAGUGUGUGUGCCUGCGUUUCUCAAGUGCGUGACACUAGUUAACAGUAUGUACUUGCAUCUAGCGGCGCCGGAGCGUAAAAUAAAUAGCUCGAAAGCAAUGGCAAAA